AUGACUUCGGACGUGGUUGAAAAAACAGCGCUUCUACAGAAAUACCUAGACUUGGACCAGAGAGGUGCCGUGAUUGCGGAAUAUAUUUGGAUAGAUUCUUCUGGUAAUUUGCGCUCCAAAGGUAGAACUUUGCCAAAGAAAGUUGAGUCUGUUCAGGAGCUCCCCGAGUGGAAUUUUGAUGGAUCAUCGACAGGACAGGCGCCAGGUCAUGAUUCUGAUGUUUAUUUAAAACCUGUUGCCUUUUAUCCUGAUCCUAUUCGCAAAGGUGACAAUAUUCUUGUAUUAUCUGAAUGUUGGAACAGUGACGGUACGCCAAAUAAGUUUAAUCACCGUCACGAAGCCGCCAAGUUGUUUGAGGCGCACAAAAGUGCUGAUAUAUGGUUUGGGCUUGAACAGGAGUAUACUUUGUUUGAUCUUCACGAUAAUGUUUAUGGAUGGCCAAAGGGUGGUUACCCUGCUCCACAGGGGCCUUACUACUGUGGUGUAGGUGCCGGAAAAGUGUUUGCCAGAGAUGUCAUCGAGGCGCACUAUCGCGCAUGCUUGUAUGCCGGUUUGAAAAUUUCCGGUAUCAACGCAGAGGUGAUGCCUUCUCAGUGGGAGUUCCAAGUUGGGCCAUGUACUGGUAUCGAGAUGGGAGACCAGUUGUGGGUAGGCAGAUACUUGUUGUCCCGUGUCGCAGAGGAAUUCGGAGUUAAGGUGUCGUUGCAUCCAAAACCAUUAAAGGGUGACUGGAAUGGGGCUGGAUGCCACACCAACAUCUCUACUGCUGCUAUGAGACAGCCAGGUGGUAUGAAGUACAUUGAGGAGGCCAUCGAGAAGCUUUCUAUUAGACACAAAGAGCACAUUAAACUAUACGGCAGUGAUAACGACCAACGCUUGACUGGCAACCACGAAACGGCAUCGAUGUCUACUUUCUCUUCUGGUGUGGCCAACAGAGGCGCUUCCAUCAGAAUUCCAAGGUCUGUCAGCAAGGAAGGCUACGGUUACUUUGAGGACCGUAGACCUGCUUCAAAUAUUGAUCCAUAUUUGGUGACAGGAAUUAUCUGUGAGACCAUCUGUGGCGCCAUAGAUAAUGCGGACAUGUUCAAGGAAUUUGAAAGAGAAUCAUCCUGA